ACAGGUAGAAGAUGGAGACGGUGAAGAGGUGGAGGUCCAGCUGGAGGUAUCCCACCACUCUGCUGUGCAUCUAUGGAUUCUUUAGCACAGUUAAACCGCUGGAGCCGUUCCUCAUACCAUUCCUGACAGGACCAGACAAGAAUCUGACAACUGAACAGGUUAACAACCAGAUUUUCCCGGUGUGGACAUACUCCUACCUGUCGGUGCUGGUGCCGGUGUUCCUGCUCACCGACUGGCUGCGUUACAAGCCGGUGCUGGUGUUCCAGUCCGUUGCACUCUUGGUCACCACAGCGCUGUUGAAGUGGACAGGAAGUGUGCCAGCCAUGCAGAUCAUGCAGUUCUUCUACGGGGUGGUGACUGCCAGUGAGGUGGCCUAUUACUCCUACAUCUACAGUGUGAUCGAUUUGAAGAGAUACCGGAAGGCCACGUCUUACAGCCGCAGCGUUCAGCUCCUGGGAUACACAACGGGCUCGGUGCUGGGCCAGCUGCUCGUCAGCUUCAACCUCAUGUCCUACAACAACACCCUGGUGUUUACUUUGGUUCUCACUGGCAUGGCUCUCUUCACCUCCUUCUUCCUGCCUAUGCCACGUCACAGCAUGUUCUUCCACCAAAAACACUCGGGGCAGACAUCCGCCAUGGAGGGCAAACAGGGGCACACAGUUGGAUCUGCGGAUGCAGCAGAAGGAUCGGGCACAACCCUGAACGAAAUAAGGAAGGAAACGGAGACGGGAGAAACGGCAGAUGAGGCGGAGAGAGAGUCAAAUGUGGCAAGGCGUGACGGACGCGAGGGCACAAACACCUGCAGCCAAGUCAUCCUGCAGCUGUGGAGGGACUUCCGCCAGUGUUACACCUCCAGGCAGCUGCUCUACUGGUCGCUGUGGUGGGCGAUGGCCACGUGUGGAUAUAACCAGGUUGUCAAUUAUGUGCAGGUGUUGUGGGAACACGUGCAGCCUUCUCAGAACUUCAGCGUUUACAACGGCGGCGUGGAGGCAGCAUCAAACCUUCUGAGUGCAGCGACAGCCUAUGGCAUAGGGUUCACGGAGGUGAGAUGGGAGCACUGGGGGGAGCUGGCCUUGGGUGGUUUCUCUGGACUCGGGGCAGCUUCACUCUUUCUCAUGACUUUUACCAACAACAUCUGGGCCUGCUACAGCGGUUACACUGUGUUCAAGUGUCUGUACAUGCUACUGAUAACAAUAGCCAUGUAUCAGAUUGCAGCUGACCUUUCAAUGGAAAGAUAUGCGCUGGUUUUUGGGGUAAACAACUUUGGAGCGCUGGCUCUUCAGACAAUUAUCACUUCUGUUGUGGUAGACAGUGGAGGCCUGGGUCUCUCCAUCAUUCCUCAGUUCAUCAUAUACUCGAGUUACUUCUCUGCCAUCUCUGUGAUUUUUUCAAUUCGAGGACUUUUUAACAUUUGGAAAACCCAGAGAAGCCGACCAGAGAGACAGUCAGACAAAAAAGACUCUCCAGUCAGUGAAGAACACAAAUUCUGAACACGACAACACUGGAAAAUGAGCUAAUCAGCUGAGUUUCCGCAGCACAUUGUGGCCAUGUCAUUUUAAACCAUUAUGACCCGUGUUUUGCUGUUAUUAAAAAAAGAAAUCCUAUGAAAGAUUUUCCCAAAAACAUAGUUUCCCACUCAGAGCUUUUAUCUUUUCAGCCUGCAAAGAAAUUAGAAAUCAUUUCAGUUAACCUGCUUUUAGAGUAAAGUACUGCCAGUUCCUUUAUGCACAUCAAGAUUUUGUUUUAUUGGAGUUGUAAUAGUUUAUGUCAUAUGUUGCAUCAGGUCAUAAUGGGUUAAAAGUAAAAAAAAAAGUUACUGACUGAAACAAAUCGGUUUUUGAGUAUAAACAAGACUUUUCAUACAUAUACACAAAUGAAUGCUUUGGUCAUUUGUUAUUUAGAAUUCAUUUUAAUAUAUAUACUGUAUAUAUUUACACAUUAACUUAAAUUAUUUCAUAUCCAAUGGAAGUGAUUUUCAGUCAAUCAGGAGUUCUGAUUCUCCACGUGCUUGUGGUUGACUGUUGUUCAAAAGUAUGACCAUGGUCACUGUCAGCAGGGCAGGGGAUGGCGGAUAAACAUGUCCCCAGAUGCAGCAUCGAUUUGUUUUCUUCUCUUUCAGCAUUUUUUUCAUGAGAACAAUUUACCCAAAAACGAAUUCUGCACAAAUAAACAGUUUUGCUUUGAACAAAUACAGUAACUGGCAGUACCCAAGCAACAACUGUCUUAACAAAUCUUGUGGUUUACAAAUACUGAUAUGCACAAAGAGCUAAUCUUCUAAAAGAAAAUUAAUAUGUACAGAAUUGCAGCAUAAUGAAUGGGAUAUACUGUACGUAAUAACUUAGUUUUCAGCCAGUUUGAUUAUACACUGUGGCUCAGUAGAGGCUAGGCCAGUUCACAGGUUAAAUAGAGAGGAGAGGAUCAACCUCUCCCUCCGAACACACCAUCAUGUCGAGUCAUAGCCCCGGGCAUCACUGUCUCACAUAUUGUUCCAUUUGUGACAAACUGCGAUAGAAAAUACAAAUUCUUACAAACAUUGUGUUUUUUAAAGCUACUUGUGAAACAAAACAGUGCAAUAGGUGCAAGCGCGCCAGUUGUUGACCCUGUAGUGCAGCUGGCUGGAUGGAUUGCUAUAAGAAUGGGUUUGUUGAGGAGCCUCCUGCCGGGUACUGUGCAGGUGGACCUGAUCCCUGGAAAAGAGAAUUCAGAGAAGGGUCAAAGUGAACUAGUACACUUACUUACAUUAUAAGAAUUAACAGAGAAGCCUUUUGUGAGUUUGCUGGAUAUAGUCUGGAGACCAGAAUUAACUUCAACCCAAAGAGGACGAAACCAACAUCUCAAUCUGAAUCUCAAUUAGGGCUGAAACGAUUCCUCGAAUAAUUCGAGUAAUUCGAUUACAAAAAAUGAUCGAGGAAUUUUCUCUGCCUCGAGGAAUCGUUUAAUUUAUUUUUUAUUUUUUUCGUUUAAUUUCACCAGCUUAAAUCCUCGUAUUACGCCCGGACCACAUUUAAUGCGACACAACACGCCGACGCUGCGCCGUUAAAGGGGGGAGAAAGAGGCGGCGGGUAUGUUUGGUUUUAGUAACAUCAUGCUCAGGCAGUCUGCAAUGGCCCAGACGGGAGACACAUGUAGUUCAGUGCUUAACUUUUAUUUUUAAUCCACGCUAUAUUCUUCUGGUCCGUUCCCUAUGUUCCCCCUCUAAAGCCAAAAUUAUUGUUCCGCGUUAAAUCGACGCAGAGCCAACGGCGCUCUCCGGCGAGGGCGGAGAGCGGCGGUCCGGCUGGCGUUGCCACGGCUACGCCGUAGCCUACGGCGUAGGGUACGCAGCGACGCGCACCAUUCUGCGUUGUUGUAACGCGGAACCAUAAAUCAGCCUUUACCCGGUACAUAAACCUCUGUUCCCGCUACAGUUUUAACUAAAAGAAAAGGCAGAAAAUGUCAGAAAAAUAAAAACGUAAUAAAGCUAACUGGGUAGUUUUCAUUUCAUUUUAUCUCUGUAGUCAUUCAUGGAUAAAACAAGCAGCACUGGUGUCUAAUGUGCUCCAAUACAGCAGGUCUCAGAAGUUUAUUUACAGUUUAUUAACACUGCCAAAACUCUAACUUAAAACUUAACUACAACUUAAAAUUUGCUUGACACAAAUGAAAGUUCAAUUGAAACACGUGGGAAAAACACCUAAUCUUUUAAGUGAUGUGUGUUAUCAGGUGAAAUGGCAUUUUUAGGUUAGAAAUAAGAACAUUUCUUGGUAAGAGCCUUAGUUUUUUGAGUGAAGGCAGUGAAUUUGGUCGACUGGUGUAAGUUCAGGGUUUUUAAAUGAACAGCCAUGAACCUACUGGAUUAUAUAAUUUAGUCUUGAUGUCAAUUAACAUCUAACAUCUUAUGUAUAUUUAUAAUUGCUCUUUAACUAAACAAAUAUGUUUUAUCCGAUUACUCGAUUAAUCGAUGGAAUUUUCAGUAGAAUACUCGAUUACUAAAAUAUUCGAUAGCUGCAGCCCUAAUCUCAAUGCUUGACGUGUUACUAGUGUCUUAAUGCUGAAUGAAAACCUGAACUGACAGCAGCUAAACUGUUACCUGGAAUGAGACCAUACUUAUCUAAGAAAUCACCAUAUAACAGAAUGAAAGCUAAACUAUUGCUUUAUUAUGUGAAGUUUUCAUAAAAGAAAGGUGAAGUAAGCAGAAUAUCUUAAUUCUGUUUCACAGCAAGCAAAACAAAACAUAUGUGUAUUAAUAAAAUCCUCUCA